UCUCAAGCACCGCUUCUUCUUCCCAUGAGUCGUUGCCUCCGAAGCCUCUCCGUCAUCACUACCCGCUGCCCGGCCGUUCGCAGACAUUACUUCGUCCGCUUGACCUAUUGCCGCCGGAGAAGCGAAAUGGAAGAGCGCGAGCAUCAACUCUCUAAGCUCACAGUAAUUGGCGAUCCCCAGUUACUGGACCAGAAAAUCGCUGCCAUUCGUAGCGCCGGUCCUUCCAAACUCCAGGUAAUUGCAGAUUUUGAUGCGACAUUGACGAGGUACUGGAUCGAUGGCCGUCGGGGGCAAAGCAGUCAUGGGCUUUUGCAGCAAGAGAAUCCAGAGUAUGAUGCCAAGAGGGAAGCUUUAUAUUACUAUUAUCAUCCAUUAGAAUUCUCUCCUACAAUACCAAUUGAAGAGAAAACCAAGCUUAUGGAAGAAUGGUGGGGUAAAACGCAUGCACUUCUCAUUGAAGGAGGUCUUACAUAUGAUGACAUAAAGAACUCUGUUUCUAAUGCUACAAUUGCUUUUAGGGAGGGAGUUGUUGAACUCUUUGAGGUUUUGGAGGAAAAAGACGUACCAAUUCUUAUAUUUUCAGCAGGGCUUGCAGAUAUCAUAGAGGAGGUCCUCAGGCAGAAAGUUCACAGAACUUUUAAAAACAUUAAAAUUGUUUCAAAUCGGAUGCUGUUUGAUGAAAAUGGUCGUCUUGUGUCUUUCAAAGGGAAGACAAUUCAUAGUCUAAACAAAAAUGAACAUGCUCUUGAUAUGGCCGCUCCUCUUCAUGACCAGUUGGGUGAUACUGAUGGAGCUGUCAAUGACAAUGCCUCAGUGAAAAAGAGAACCAAUGUGCUUCUUUUUGGUGAUCAUAUUGGAGACUUGGGAAUGUCUGAUGGCUUGAACUAUGAUACUCGAAUAUCUGUGGGGUUUCUGAAUGAUAACAUCAAGAAGAAUUAUGACAGCUAUUGCAAUGCCUUUGAUAUUGUUUACACGAAUGAUGCACCCAUGUGGGGAGCGGUCAAGCUUGUGUCGCAGAUUUGUCCAACUGAAGCUGAUUAACUGCUACAAACGUCUCAUCUAUGCUCUUUUCUGUUUUUGAAGGAGUAUUUUCUCGGUGGAAAUCAAGUCGCGAAUUGAUCUUGGCACAUAUGAUUUAACAAACCUGGAUGAAACCAUUAGUAAUUGAUUUAUGUGUAUGGCCUGGAGUGCUGGAACUGUGUUCUUGACAUGAUCCAACGUUGGCUACUAAAGCAAAUUCAGCAUUCAUGCAUUUCUAUUACAUUCUGUAUCGCAGUCCAGUCCUCAGAUAUGAAGAUCGUGAUUUUAUUUAUUUAUUGUUAUUAUUUUUUGUAAUGGGUGGAAGUCGUGAUUUAAUAAAGAGAUAAAUUUAGC